AUGUCUUCUUCUAGCGUUGUUUCACUUCGUGUUUCCUAUUCAGAAGCAUCUGCUCAAGCUACUUCAUCCGAUGGAUGUGUAGUAUGUUCAAGUGACGUGACGUGUCCCAAUUGUGCUGAAGGAUAUUACUGUGUGUUGACUGCAUUAACCUGUUAUGAGUGUCCAACCACAUAUUGUGAAUUGAGUACGAACUCUGAAUCAUCCAAUUCAACUUCAAGCUCCACGUCGUCAUCUGAUCAAAAUAGUGGACGUAUUACAGGUGCUAUUGUUGGAUCCGUUGUUGGUGGUGUUUUAAUCAUAAUCGGGAUUGUCAUGUACUUUUUUUAUACGAAAUUCUGGAAACUUAGAAGAGAAACGAAAUUCAACUCAGAUAUUCACAAAUCUUUUGGAGCUCUUUUAGACGCUGAUUACGACGAAGAUCUCCAAGAUAUGUACGAUGCUGACCUUGACAACGAUGAUUUUGAUGAUAUGGACGACGAUAUCGAGGAUGGUUAUUUUAAAGAUGAGUUAAUCGAAAUGGGAGAUACCGUUCCCGAACUAAUGGAAUUCCCUAAAAAUGCCAAGAGAAGUAAAUUAAACCAUUCAAAUAAUACCCAUGAUAACAAUAGAAGUGAAAUUGUGUCUAUCGUUACUGAUCUAAACCACUCACGAUUAUUACAAUCUGGAAAUAGAAGCAGUUCAUCUACAAUUAAUACCAAAGCAUCAAAUAUUUUACCAAUUGCAUAUAUCCCAGGUGUCACAAACUCAGAUCCUCAAAGAAGGGGAAUGCAUUCUUUCCAAAACAUGCCACAUAGUAGGGAUACCGUCAAAUCUCAUAUUACUCUAGGAUCUUCAAUUUUUGAUAACGAAGAUGGAGAUCCUUUAAGUGUUAUAAAUAUGGGUAACGAUGAAGACAAGAUCGGAAAUAACAGCAUUUCAAGGGAGAAAAUCAACCCAAAUACUUCCACAGAAAAAUUAACCACUGCAAUCAGAGCCAAGCCAAGACUAAUUGAUAUACACGACAACAACAGUUUAGAUGACCUACAAAAUUCUGCCACAUCUUUCGGAAAUGAUGAAGAAAUUGAGUUAGAAAUCCACAUAGAUGGAGAACAACUGCAUAUAGACAGUGAGAAAAAUAUUGAUACCAUUGUCUCUAGGAGUUCGAAUCACGUCGAUGAUGAAGCUGGUCCAGACGGCGACUCGGUAUGA